GUCGGUGGUUGCCAUAGUGCUGACGGUCUGCUUGGCAAGAUGGCUGCGCUUUCUCCCGCGGGCGGAUCUUGACUCGUGAGGCAGACGCGGGCGGUUUCAGCAUGUGCUCGCCACUGUCGCCCCGUCUUCUGUGGGGGUUCCUCUUCCUGCAGGGCGUCCUGAGGACGCUGCGGGCGGACCUGGUUUUCAUCCCUCCUUUCAUCCGAAUGUCCAGUCCGGAGGUGACCGUGACCCUGCUCGGAGGCACCGAGAAUGUGACUGUGUCCCUGGCUCCGCUGCGGGUCGAGGAGGGAGUAUUGCCAGUACCAACUUGUGGAGUACUCACCGAUGACACAGGAGACUGGAAUGUAACCGUGAGCCCCGGUGUGAACAUGCUGGAAGUUACUGUGCGGUGGAGGCGGGGUCUGGAUUGGUGUUCUUCUCAUAGGAGUGCCUUCUCAGAGUCUCCAUGUGUACUUCAGACUCUCCUGGUUUCAGCAUCUCACAACUCACUCUGCUCAGCACAUCUGCUCAUUCAGGUGGAGAUUUAUGCCAAUGUGUCUCAGACCCACAAUGCAUCAGAGAACAUGACUGUUAUUCCUGACCAGAUGUAUCAGCCCCUGGGACCUUGUCCCUGCAACUUAACAGCUGGGGCCUGUGACAUUCGCUGUUGCUGUGACCAGGAGUGCUCAUCGGAGGUGAGAGCGCUGUUUGAGCAGUCCUGCUUUCCGGGUGUCUUUGGAGGAGAUGUGAACCCUCUUUUCCAUCAGCUCUGUGCAGAGGGCAAUGCUGCCCAGUUCCCUGACUGGUUUCCUCUCCUGUGUGUGCAAUCAUCUCCCAUCAACUCACCCUUCCUGGGUCACUUUUAUCAUGGUGUCAUUUCUGCCAGGCAAGACCCUGCCUUUCAAGUUUGUCUACAGCCAGAUCUAAAAGACUUCUCGGAUGCUGGUUACAAACAAGGAGACCCGAUCAUGACCACAAAGGCGUAUUUUACUAUCCCUCAGGUGUCCCUGGCUGGGCAAUGUCUACAGAGUGCACCAGUGGCAUUCCUUCAAAAUCUUGAUAUCCACUGCACUACUGAUCUGGACUUGUACCAGGAACGAGAUGGCAUCCUCCAUGAGAAGAUAAAGAACCAUGCCAUGGGAGGUAUAGUCAUACCUGCAGUAAUCUAUGAGGAAGCAACUGACCUUAACAAGAUCAUCACCAAUAUAGAGACACUUUCAAACAGUGGAUCUACCCCUAGGAAUGUGAACUUAGAAGAACAUUAUCUUUUCCGAUGGCAUAAUAACACAAUCACUGAAGUAAAUGUCAAAAUUAUUAGGGCCAAAAUCAGUGCACACCAGAAAGGAAUAAUAACACAGAGAUUUACAGUGAGGUUUUUAAGCCAUACCAGUGGUGAUGAAAAAGAAUCUUCUGGAAAUCCAGGUUACCAUGUUGGAAAGCCUGUCAGAGCCCUGCAUACCAAUGGGGUGAAUAAUGCUGCAGUGUUACACCUCUGGAAGCCAGCUGGGAGGGGCUUGUGCACAUCUGCUACUUUCAAACCUGUUCUAUUUGGAGAGAAUGCACUCUCUGGGUGCCUUCUAGAAGUGAGAAUUAAUGAAAACUGUACUCGGCUCAGGGAGAUUGCUGCAGAAAGACUUGAUUCGCUGAUACAAGCAAGUCAUGUUGCUAUGAGAGGCAACUCUGAUUAUAGCAAUCUGAGUGAUGGCUGGCUGGAGAUCAUACGUGUUGACCCCCCUAGUAGAGGUGACGAUGACCCAUCCAGUGGCAGUACAAAUGGCAUCUGCCUUGAUGUCCCUGUUCAGCUCAACAUCCUCAUCCUCAUUGCAGACACUGGCACCGUGGAAGGAGUGACUCAGCAGGAGAUCCUUGGUGUGGAGACAAGGUUCUCCACAGGAAUCUGGCAGUACCAGUGCGGGCUUACCUGUGAGGAUAAGGCUGACUUGCUCCCUCUAAUGGCUUCAGUGCGGUUCAUUAAAAUACCUGCACAGCUGCCUCGCCCCCUGACAAGAUUCCAGAUGAAUUUUACAGAGUAUGACUGUAACAGAAAUGAGGUGUGUUGGCCCCAACUUCUAUAUCCACUGACCCAGUAUUAUCAAGGGGAACCCCAUUCCCAGCGUGUUGCCAAGGGCUUGAUGCUAGUAUCUUUUCUCAUGCUGGCUGUGCUCCUCAGUGAUCCCUGGACCAGAAUAUGCAAAGCCUGGCACUCAGCUGCCAUCUACUGCUGACUCUUCUUAAGGACUGACCCUUCUGUCAGUGAUUUUUGAAGUCCUUUGGCUGGAGGGAUGGCUUAGCGGUUAAGGUGUUUGCCUGCAAAGUGCAAAGGACACAGAUU